GUAGCUAUUAAUAGCACAAAUAACGCGACAGUGAAUUCCCCGUCUAACGCGGAAGUGUUUCUCUCUAGUUCUGAAAUCAUUUGGGCAAAUCUCAUUGGGAAUUACACAUAUAGUGCGACUCAUGGAGCCGACAUGAUGAAAAUACGUGACUGUGGUGAGCGGAUCUGGACCGGUGUAUGGCUGUGUACCUUUAUUGCAGCAUGCUGCGUAGCUACAGCUGCAGGCGGCAAGACGUUUGUUUGCUACUACCAGCCGAGUGCACGUGUACCAAUCGCCAGGAUUCCAGCAGACCUCUGCACGCAUGUCGUAUAUGCCUUCGCUGAAGCCUCCAAGAACGGCAUUAUUCCAGCGCACACUGCCGACCUCGCAAAGUUCUCAGAGAUGGUUGCGCUGAAGAAGGUCAAUCCCAACCUGAAGGUGCUGGUAUCUCUUCAAAAUGGGUUCCCAGCGGUAGUGGAUGGAGGGGUCGCUGCCAUGGAAACAUUUGCAAAAGGUGCCGGCUCAUUUCUACGGAAACUGAAACUUGACGGUGUUGACUUUGACUGGGAAUUUCCAAGCAGAACACAGAAAGACGGUUACAUGAAACUGAUAUCAAUUUUCAGAAAGACCAUCAAUGACGAGGCGAAACUGAACGGGACAGCCCCUUUGCUGCUCACCAUGGCUCUGUCCAACAACAGAUAUAUAGCGGGUUGGGCUUACGAUAUGUCUGUCCUCACUCAAAAUAUCGACUUCGCCACAGUGAUGACGUAUGAUUUCCACGUCUUCAAUGCCAAGCACGACAAUGUCACCGGUUACAACAGCCCGCUUGUGGCCCCCAAGGGCGAGAUCCCGUACCUGUCGACUGAAGGCAUGUUGAACUUCUACAUGAAAGCAGGUCUAGAACGGUCCAAGAUCUUGAUGGGGGUGCCGGCAUAUGGAAGAUCCUACACACUGGCUGACAGUUCCAAGCACGGACUUCACGCACCUGCUGUUGCACGUGGAGCACCUGGACCAGCAAUCCACGUGCAUGGUGUCUACAUAUACCAGGGCAUUUGCAUGGCGCUAAAGUCCGGGGCGACUAGGGUAUGGGAUGCCACCGCUGGUGUUCCAUACUUGUACAACAACACGGCAUGGGUGUCGUAUGACGAUGAGCAGAGCAUCAAAGGAAAGUGUAAUGGGCUGUGUCGUCGAACCUAGGUGGGAUCGGGGUGUGGUCCCUCACCCUAGAUGACAUCACGGGUACCUGUACGGGGGAAAGUUUCCCGCUUCUGCGCACCAUCAAAUCCUGCUUGGGUUGAUUCUUCCAGAACCCUUUGCCCCUGUGGUGUUCAAGUGUAGUUUAACCAAAUAAUAUUGUCAUAUGCAACAAUAUCCUUUUGACAUGGGAUGCUCCAUGAACAGAUCUGAUAUUGUUUUUGGCUGGAUUUUUCAAGAUGGAAAUAUAGAUUAAAACACAAAUACUCCUGUAAUUGGUUACUUUGAAAAUGGUUACUUUACCGUGGUGGUAUAUUGCUAUUUUACACGGGUUAAUCUACAUUACCACCAUUCUUCUCACCUAAGAUGCGUUAUAUUUUUACACAGCAAUGCAUUUUACCCACUUGUUCUACGCUUGUAUACCCAUUAUUAAUAAAUUGAGAACCUGAAUAACUAGCUUACAUUUUCAUUACCUUCAUAAGAGUUUCAGGUUCCUGUGCCUCCUAAAUGAACUGGAAACAAGGAUUAAAACCUUCGCCUCCAGGUUGUCAUUUUUGUAGUUAAUGCCAUUUGUUUGAUCGAGUGGUCAGGUUUGGUGUUCUGCUGGGCGUUGCUCGAUAUAUCAAUCACGUGUUUGUCUUGUCCAAACUCGAAUUCUGUAAAAGCUUAAUGCUAAUUUGGUAAUUUAGAUAAAACUUUAUUCCUGAGUAAUCUGGUGAACCAAACACAAACAAAUAAUGCCACAUUCUGUUGACUUCAUCCCCGGACUACUUGGAUAACCUCCCGUCCUUCAUCCUACCCAGUAAUGUUCAUAAACACAAUGUUCCUUCAAAAUAAAUUUACAUUGAAAACA